AUGGUCCUACGUAGUUUUUGCUAGUUUCACAAGGGAUUAAGCUAAUUUUUUAGGAAUAAACUAAAUUAUAAUUAAUUGGGUCAGGAACAAAAACCCAAGGAGAUGUAGAACUAAAAGUUGUAGUAUCAAAGUAUGUUAUAUAAGGAAGCAUAUCUGGGUCAAUUUAAAUAAAUACUUUCGUUAAAUUAGCAUACUUUAUUAGAAUCUGGAACUCUAUAGUAAUGGCAUUCAGUUACACAACUUUUUGUAUCAUCAAUAUAUUCAAUAAAAGCAUAAUUAGGUAGACAACUACUACAAGUGGAAGGGGAACCUAAAGUAGUAGAUGGAUUUGUAAAGCAAGCUAAGCAAUUACUAGCUGAAUUGCUGCUACAUUUUAAACAUGACCAAUGA